UCAAACAUUUUUUUAUUAUAUUUUAUAAUUAAAAUAAUUAUGAGUACUGAAGAAAAAUAUAAAGAUUUAUUGUCUACGAGUAUUUUUAAUAAAAAUUACACUGCAUAUAAGUCUCAAUUUAUAGGAAUUGAUGAUAAACCUUAUGAAACAAAAUGUGUUCUAUGUGAUAUAAAAUUUAUACUUCCUAAAAAUGAAAAAGAAUUCUUGACUCAUUUAUUUAAAAAGCAUCGACUUGUAAUAGCAGAUGUUUGGAAUAUUGCAAGUCUGAAAAGCUAUGUACAUUAUUGGAGUGUUAAAUUUAAAGAAGAGCCUUUGACUAAAUUCUGUACAACAAUGUUAAUGGAUUGCACUCCAGAUGGAAAACCAAGCAAAAAUGAAAGAUAUUUUUUACUUUCUGAUUGUAUAUCAGAAGAUAAAAUUUUAAGAGAUGAAAUACAUCAAGCAAAAUUGGAAUGGAUUUUAUCAGAACAAACAAGAGAAAGAACAGAUACUAAUUUUAAACGUGGUUGUAUUUUUUGUCGAAUGGAGUUUUCAGGAUUACGUAUUACAUAUAUAAAACAUUUAGCUCAAAAACAUAAUUUAUAUCUUGGUAAACCAGAUAAUUUGGUAUUUAUAGAUGAAUUUUUGGAUAAAAUUCAAACAACUAUUGAUAAUUUGAUAUGCAUAUAUUGUGAAAAAUUAUUUAAAGAUCGAACAGUUUUAAAAGAACAUAUGCGAAAAAAACUACAUAAAAGAAUAAAUCCUAAUAACAAGGAAUAUGAUAAAUUUUAUAUAAAUAAUUAUUUAGAACCUGGAAAAUCAUUAAAAUCUAAACAAAAUAAUUAUAAAGUAGGAGAUGAAAGUAGCGAAAAUGAAGAUGAAGAUACAUGGUCAGAUUGGAAAGAUGAAGAUAUUGGUAUAUCAUGUUUGUUCUGUAAUUACAGUGAUAAGCAUUUUCAUCUUAUUCUUGCACAUAUGAAAACAGAACAUGAUUUUGAUUUUGAAAUUGCAUCAAAGGAUUUAACAUUUUAUCAGAAAGUGAAAGUAGUUAAUUAUAUCAAAAGGCAAAUUCAUUUACAAAAAUGUGUUUUUUGUGAAAUGAAAGUAGAUAAUAUUUUAGAACAUAUGAAAAAAAAAAAUCAUUUUAAAAUACCUUCUCCAAAAACGUGGGAUCAACCAGAGUUUUAUUUUCCUAUGCAUGAGAAUGAAUCCUUUUUAUAUAAUUUAGACACAAGUAGUACUAGUGAUGAAGAAAAUGAUUUUGAAAAUAUUACAGAAGCAACGUAUGAAACAGUAAUAAAAACUAAGUAUUAAAAGCUUUCCAAAAUAUAAAAAAAUAUUACAGAUUUUGUUUACUGUAUUAAAGGAUGAAUUUAGCAAUAAUAUUAUAAACAUUAAUUGAAUUAUAUCUUGAAGUAUCCUUUUGUAAAAAAACUAAUACUUAUUUAUAUAUCUAAAUAUUGAAUAUUGAAUAAGAUAUAUAAAAUUAGAGAUUAGA